AUGUCAGCAACACCACUCAACCAAACACUAGACAGUGGCGUAGGAGCAGCAAUGUCUGACAACGAAGAAUUCACAUACACUGGAUCUGUUGCAACCGAUAGAUUGAUGUACGCAUUUUGGGGUAUCCGUAUAACGAUUUAUUCCAGAAUCAUAGGUGAUGCACUUAGAUAUAGAUAUCCAGAAGAUUAUGCAGUUGGAAGUUUAUAUUAUUUCUUCUUUGCAUUUGGAGUAUAUUUUGUUUUAAUUGCUUGGGUAUUUAUUUCUGGAUAUUGGAUGUCAUUAUUGUAUACAUAUUAUAUAAGUACAGAAAUUAAAUUACAUAAUACUAAAAGAGUAAGAAUAUUCUGUUAUAUGUUAUCAGUAUUGUAUUUCAUUUGGAUGGCUGUCGUUCAAAUAAUUUGUCUUUUCCAAGACCAAACCUUAUUGGAGGCAAUAGGGUUUUUUGUUUUCAUCAUAGCCUUUGCAACUAUGCAAGCGUUCAACGGUAUCAAGUUUUCAAAUGCAAUGAAAGAAUCUCAAAAGAAAUCAAAAAUGAAACAUUUCGAUCGUAAUAUUUAUACUACUAGAGUAUUGGUUGGAACAGGUAUCACUGGUGUCAUUAUCAUUGUCAUUCAUGACAUUAUAUUUAAUUUUGUUUUAGACAAGAAAUAUAUUUAUUUCCCAGCUUCAACUUUUAUAACUAUGUUUGUUGAUGUUGGACAAAUGGUAGUUGUAUUAUUUAUUUUAGGAGGAGGAACAUUUAAAAAUUAUUUAUUAUUGAGAAGAGCACAUAAUACAAUUUCGGCCAAUUCCGAUAACAGCACCAAUGAGAUUGAUUUAUCAAAGGGUCAAUCAUCAAGUCAAGCAUCAAGAAUGAAUUCACAAUUUGCCAGUCGUGAACUCAAUUCAAGAACGAUCGAGGUCUAUGACACACAGACCAAGGCACCUAGUACCCCUUCCUCACCUUUGGCCACUUCCCCAUCAAUCCCAACUAUCGACUUGAAUGAAGAAGAUAUUUCAACAACUCCAAACGAUAUUGAACAAGGUUGUGGUGAUGAUAAUAAUAAUAAUAAUGACUACUGCAGUGAACAAGUUCAAGACAUUUAA